AAUCACGAUGCGGAAUCUUUGCCUCGUGCUUCAGACCUGCUAGUUCGGAGCACCCGCUCCCACCUGCAUCGUCUUCGCCGGCGGUCGGGAGCUCACCAGCGGGGCACACGGGCCGGCGAUGGCUCCGGUCACCCAGGCGCGGUGGUCAGCGCUUCCUCCUCGCCUCCGGCUGCCACCACCGGCCGGCGCCGACGGAGUCGCCGCCGCCGCCUCCUCCUCCAGCUGCCGUUGUAACGUCACUGAACUCGUUGUUUUCUCUACUCCUCUACUCCUCUAGCGCUUUCCGACGAAGUAGCGUGCGAGUGGAUAAGAAUUUGGAUAUGAUUGCUCUUGCUCCCUGGAUGGUCCGUAGUCUUCCAGCAAUGGCAAUGAAUGGUUUUAGAUGAAUUAUUUUUUUUACCCGGGUCAUCAUAAAUUUGCUAGCAACAUUUUCUACUACUGUUCAUCUUUAGCCCCCCUUCCGUUGACUCCCAAUAGUACUUUUUUUCCUUUUGUUUGGCAGUGGAGUCUCACCAGUAUUGGGUGUACAAAAUGACAAAAAUAAAACACACUUUUGGUUUAUGAGUAGAGGUCAACAAAACACGAAAGCUCAAAAUCAUAGAAAGUGUUGAAAUCACAAUGUUUAAUAAAACUUGAAGAAAGACCGCAACGCUCCUUCGAGCACCCACGUGUGCACUGCGCGUUCACACCUGGCACCUGACGUGGCGCCUGGAGCUGAGCUGUAGCCGGCAUUCGCCCUGAAGCUUCCUGCCCCCGCCUCUGCCUUUUCCCACCGACCCCGAUUCGCAUCCCGCGAUUCCGCGGCAUUCCCGACCCCAAAUCCCGUUUCCCUCGCGCCGCAUCGAGCGCAGACCGAAACGACUCGCCCACGCCUCCUCACCUCUCCGGCCUGCGCAGAUCGCCGCCGCCUCCUCCUCCUCCUCCGCCCGCCGAUGGCCGCCGCCGACCCGCCGCCGCGCGGGGGUGCCGCGGCCCCCGCGCCAGUGCUGCGGCGGAGCCCCAGCAUCGAGCGCAUCCCGGAGGACGCGCGCCGCAUCCUGCUCCGCCUGGCCGGCGAGCUCUGGGGCGGCGACGUGGACCCGGGCGCGCUCGCCGUGUCCCAGCUCAAGGGCGCCAUGACCAACGAGGUCUUCCGGAUCACCUGGCCCGGAGGCGAGGGCGACCCGCGCAAGGUGCUCGUGCGCAUCUACGGCCAGGGCGUCGAGGUCUUCUUCGACCGCGCCGACGAGGUCCGCACCUUCGAGUGCAUGUCGCGCCACGGCCAGGGGCCCCGCCUCCUCGGCCGAUUCGCCAACGGCCGCGUCGAGGAGUUCAUCAACGCCAGGACGCUGUCUACGGCGGAUCUGCGUGACCCGGAGAUAUCAGCGCUGAUUGCCAAGAAGCUGAGGGAGUUUCACGAUCUCGACAUGCCUGGACCCAAGGAUGUCUCGUUGUGGCAGAGGCUCAGGUGGCUUGAGCAGGCUCGUGUCAGGUGUUCCGAGGAAGAGUCCAAACAAUUUCAGCUGAAUAAGCUUGGCGAUGAGAUUGCCUUGCUGGAGAAGGCGCUGUCGGGGGUCAUUCAGUCAGUAGGAUUUUGCCAUAAUGAUCUGCAGUAUGGGAAUAUUAUGAUAUAUGAAGAGACCAGACAAGUCACCUUGAUUGACUAUGAAUAUGCCAGUUUUAACCCUGUUGCAUUUGACAUUGCUAAUCACUUUUGUGAGAUGGCUGCUGAUUACCAUACAUCAACACCUCAUGUGCUGGACUUUGCAAAAUAUCCUGACAUUGAGGAGCAGCGAAGAUUUGUUCAAACAUACCUUAGCUCUUCAGGUGAAACUCCAUCAGAUGAGGAAGUUGAAAACCUACUAGGCUUGAUUGCAAAGUAUACUCUUGCAAGCCAUAUCUUUUGGGGCCUUUGGGGAAUAAUCUCGGCGCACGUGAACAAAAAUAUUGACUUCGAGUACAUGGAGUAUGCAAGGCAACGCUUCGAUCAGUACUGGCAGACAAAGCCUAGAAUACUUGGAUCCAACUGAUUAGUCAUUUCUUUUUCUUGUUUUACGGGCUCUUGGCUAGCUAGUCCUGCGAAUUCUAUUCGUCAGUAGCGUCUAGUUGUUGCCAGUUCUUUGCUGCUGAUUGUUCAGCUCGUUCCGUAAGUUUUUAAUUAUAAUGUAUUUAACCGAUGAUGCAAGCAAUGCGAUUGAAAUAUAGGGAGGAGGGAUGUGUUUAUAGCUACAAGAGGCGCCCGAUCUGUUGAAUUAAUGGAUCAUCUCCAGUAACAUUGUAGAUUAAGGCAGUUCUCCCUUACACGCCAUCAUUGGUCUUCUCCGUACACACUUGGUCCAUUUAAAAGUAAACCCCUCAGGCCCUCACAGCGACAAUCACUCCUCUUCCAGAUAUGUUUGCACCAUGGGUGCCAUCAUGCUCAUUUGGUUGUAAAUUGUAGUCCCUCCACUUCAAAAUAUAGCACUGUUUGACU